AUGAGCGCAAGAACUCGGAAAAGGCAUUGGCAAACUCGAAGUAUUGAUGACAACCUACUCCAACAAGUCGCCUCAUCUCCUAAACCAUAUACAUCUGGCGAUGUCGCCUUAUCACUCAAUAAUAUUGGAUAUGAUGAUGUUUCCACAGUCGAAGAUGUUGAGGGUUAUUAUAGUACAGAAUAUGCAGGUUCGUUGGUGAAUGAAAAUUCAGAAGAUCUGUGUAAUAAUAUCUCUGACUUUAAAAUAGAUGAUAUAGAAUUGACCGAUCAACAUGAAUUGUCAGAUGACUUGAGUGAAUACAAAUGUAAAUUUUGUGAACAUCUUUUUGAACACCAUUCUGAUUUGAUAAAGCAUACAACAGAUUUCCACAUGAAUGAACAGGAUCGGGAUUCAGGCUGCUUAGGUGAAAAACCUACUUCUUCAGCUUCUGACAACAAACUCGUCAAAAGCUGCAAGCACAGAGCAGGUUCUUUUAAAUGUGAAUUUUGUGAUAAAGUCUACAAAUAUGAUUUUGAUAUGAGUAGACAUGUGAAGAAAAACCACUUGAAGGAUUUGAAACGAUGUAAAGGAAACAAUUUAUUAAAAAACAAAAUCAAAGCUUAUGUGAAAAAAAACCUCCCAUACCAGUGCAAGGUUUGCGGCCUUGCCUUUGUUUCAGAAAGAGGUUUGUCUUAUCAUACUAGUCGUGUUCAUACAGCCUCAGCAUCAGCCAAAGCAAAGUGCAUCAGAGAGAUCAGUGAACGUAGCAAGAAGUUGCUCUCUUUGAUAAAAACUGGGAAGUCAAACACUGCUGCUAGAUCAUCCAUCCAAUCUCCAGAAUCAAAAGAGAUGAAAGUGAAAAAAGCACAAUCUAAAGAAAAAGUAUCGCCAAAAAUCAAAAGGAUACAACCAAAGAUCCCCUCCCGAGGGACUUUGGUGCACCCCAGUGAAAGCUCUUCAUUGCCUUCUGAAGAGAAAUCCCCUCGUGCAAAAACUAACUCUGCCAAAAAGAGUCUUCCAAUUGAGAUAAUCCGUGAAAAAAAUGAAAAGAGAUUAAAAUGCAAAUUGUGUCAGAAAAUGUAUGGUACUCGACCAGGAAUAAUGUACCAUCUCAAGAUAAUACAUCUCUACUGCUGUGUGUGUUACAAGCAGUUUUGUUACCAGAAGAUGUAUGACAAACACAUGGAGUUAAAGCACAACCAGCCUCACAUUGUCAUUGACGAUAAUUAUUUGUCUUAUUUCUCUAAAGCAAACAAUACUGAAAGUGUGUCCAAGGCAGAAGAUAUAGAACACGACUGUAUGGAUACAAAAGAGAAGACUUCGAAGGCACAAGUAUGUACAGUAGAAAGUUCUGCCUCUGAGUCAGCAGCACCUUGCACAUCAAGCCCUUUUCACUCUAAUACUACUGCUGUGAAAAUUCCCAAGGGAACUGUUCUAAGUCCAGUCAAAAUCAGGUUAAACCGCCUGCCUUCAGACCCUGUUUCUCUUCAAAAUCUCACAAAUAGUGCGAGAUAUGUAGUUGUUCCCAAAACUAAAAAUAUAGAUACUGGAUCAUACAAGGAAAGUUCAAAUGAGAACAAAUCAAUUUGUGCAAACAAUGUAGGGUCCUCGGAGUCUGGAGACAAUGUUGCUUCAACUCCAGACAGGAAUGAAAUUGACAUUUCAUAUAAGAAACCUGUAACACGAGCCAAAUUGGGACCAAAGUCCUGGAAAGAAAAGUUUAAAGUUGAAACUAACAUCAGAGAUCUGCAAGGACAACCAGGAGCAGUUUCUGAGAAAACUGUGAGGUCAGUUACUGGAACGGAAAAAAGCAACAUUUUUUCUGUAGCAAAGACCGAAUCAGCUAAUCGGGAUAAAACUAUUGUCAGAAAAACUCGGAGCAGACCGUGGAGAACAAGGAGUGGAGAAAGAACAAAUGUUUCUGUGAGUGAAGUAGGCAUAGAAAAUACCACACCAUCAGUAAAAAGUGACUGUUCGAUGGAUGUGGACAAUUUUAGUCAACAAUCUGUGGAAUGUUCAAUGCUUUCCUCAAACCAAAAAGAUGUAAAAACCCAUUCAGUCAAGCAAACAGACAUUUCGACAGGACAACCUACUGUAACAAUUUCUAUCGAGCGCAUUACCAGAAGUUCUAUCCAGCCAGCUGCAAUGGAAAGUUCACGAUCAGUUACCAAGAGUUCCUCAUUGCUGGAUAGCAAAUGUUUACCUGCAUCAUUUUCUGAUUCUUCAUUUGCAGUUGUGAGAGAGGAUUCUUCAGUAGAAGGCGUGGGAGAUGAGGAUUUGCAAUCAGCCAAGUCUACAAAUCUGACCAAGAGAUCUUCACGGCGAAUUACAAGGCAAGGUUUUUCUAAACAUGAAAUAUCACAUGCAUUGAGGACCAGAAUAUCAGAAUCUCAGACAUGUUCAUCACAGUUUACUCUAUCAAGCAGGAGUCAUUCUCUACCGUCAACUAGGGAAGAUGUAAUUUCUGAAUCUUCACAGUUACCUCCCUCAACCAGAAAUAAUUCUCUCCCACCUCUAACAAAGAAACUUAGAACUUUUGAACCUUCCCAGUUUAAUCUAUUAGCCACAAAUUCUUCUCUGCCACCAAUUAUGAAGGAGAAAAUUUCUGAACUUGCAAAGGUUAAUAUUUCCACAAGGAAUCCUUCUCCCUCACCAACAAGGAAAAGCACAUGUAAUGAAUCUUCAAAAUUAGAUAAUAUAACUACAAAUUCUUCACCACCAAAAAGUAAGAAAAAGACCACUUCCGAAUCUUCAAAAGGUAAGAAUGCAGUGGGAAGCCCUUCUCUGCGACCGAAGAGGAAAGAGUCACCAUCAAAACUUUCAAGUUUUGAUAACUCAAAAGGGUAUUUUUCUCCACCUAUACCUAGGAAAAAUUCUCAUUCUGAAUCUUCAAAGUCAGAUAAUUCCACUGGGAAUAUUUCUCCAACAGCUAGCAAAGAGACAAUGCCUCAAUCUUCAAAUAAUUCUACAGGGAGUUUUCUCCAGUCUCCAACUAGAAAGGACCUAAUGUCUGGGCAAUCAUCUAUAAUAUCAGCCAGUUCAUUUGAACUAAAACCGAUUCCUUCACAGCCUACUGGGAAUGGUAGCACAUAUGACCCACCUUCUCAGUCAGCAAGGAAAGAGUUUAAUGAUGCUGAUUGUAAGGAAAAGGACAUGUGCACUGGAAGGAAAGGAAUGCUUGAAACACAUUCAACAUUGCAUUCAAGAAGUAAGAUCUCAUUUGAAACAUAUAACCAUGAUAUCAGAGAAUUAAUGUUUGGGAAAACCUGUAAUGUGUUGGAUUUACACGUAGAUGAUCAAAGUUCACCUGAACAUCAUGAGGAUUUGGAAUGGAAGGUUGUGCAUGAUGAAAAAUCGUAUGAUUUAAGCAAAUUAUCUUUAAAAAUUACAAGGGAUGUGAAAACUGGAGCAAGAAGUGUAAAAACACACAAAAGAUUUUUUUGUAAUUUAACUGGACUGAAACUGAAAAUUGUUCGAGAUUUUUCACAGAAGAAAAGAACAGUUCUGUCAGAUGAGGAUCAGAAAUGCCAUGGAGAAUCUGAACUGUCGGACACAUCCACAUAUUCCACACCACAAACUGUACAUGCUGUUUCUUCCAUAGAGGAUUUGUCCUCUGACAGUCCUUCCUUUGCAAUCAGUGACAGUGAUGAUCUUGCAUCUCCAGCAAAGAGGAGCACUUAUGUACCAUCAGAAGAAUGUAUGUCGUCGUAUGAGGGUAUUUUUAGUUCUGUGAGACAAACUCGCUGCAGUAAUGGAAAUGAUAGAAAAACAUCAUGCCUUAAACCUGAUGUGGAGGCUGUUCUUAAAUCACCAGCAUCAGGUGGUUUGGAAGAUCAGAAUGACACCAAUUCACAGAAACAGAUUGAAAUAGUCUCUGGUAAUGCUAGUUCUCAAAGAGGGAUUCUUGGUGUUGACAAUGAACAUAUUGGAAUUGCAAGAGACACGAUGGUUAAUUCUGAGGGAAGGGUACAGGUCACUGACAGGGCUAUGAUUGGACCCUCUGGUGAUAACAUACUAGAUACAAGAUCUGUGGGCAGAGCAGCUGUGGUUAGUGUAGAUAAUGGUAGUCUGUCUUUUAGGAAGAAAAGUUGUAGUGUUGAAGAGAGAGGGGACAUGGGAGAACAGAUGAAAGCAUCAAAGUCUUAUUGCCAGGAAGAAUGUCAAACACAACACUGUAGUGGCAACAAAAAUGAUGCAUGGUUGGAAUCAUCACUGAAAUCCCAAAGGAAGGUAUUGGAGGUAAAUCAACAGAACUGUGAGGCUAAUAAGAUGCUAGCAUUGAGUUCUUUUGACAAUCUCCUACAGCAUGUUGAGGAACGAGGCAUUCCAAAAGUAGUCUUAGAGAAAGUACAGAGUCCAUUAACCCAGAAUGAAACUGUUUCAGACCAUUUAGUUAAAAAGCGACGCUUAACAAAAGCAAACAAACCUGCUCCUGCAUCUGUAAAGAAAAAUCGUAUGGUAUAUCGGGAAACAUUAGGAAAAAUUACAAACGAGACAACAGAGGAUUCAAAAGAACAUCGCAAAAUUGUAUUGAAAGUCGACGAGAAAAUGUCAAAAAACUUUAAUAUUACUGUUUCUACUAAAAAAAAUUCUGGUGUUGAUGAGAUAGACGGUUCACGCAUCAAAUCACAUUGCUUAAAGGAUUUGCUACCACUUCCUCUGACAAAUUCAGAUGUUCAGAAUAGACACGGUGGCAGCAAUGGGGCAAGAUCCCUUAAUGUAGGACAAAGUGGUGGCAAUGGGGCAAGAACCCUUAAUGUAGGACAAAGUGGUUGCAAUGGGGCAAGAACCCUUAAUGUAGGACACAAUGGUAGCAAUGGGGCCGCAAAACCCCUUAAUGGAGACAUGAUAAGCAAAUAUCUUUUGGAGGAAUUCAGUGAAAGUGAUUUAGAUCUGAUGUUAAAUGAUGAUUCACAUGGAGGAGAGGAAUUGGUGGAUAAAAAUGUAGAAGUGACUUUGUCAGAAGAUGGUUUGUCUGCUACGGUGAACAGACUGCAGAGUGACACAAUUAACAACAAAUUCAAAAGAAAAGUCCUAAAGGAGAUCAUAAAAAUUAUUGAGUUUGCAAGCCCAGAUAAAUUCCAAACCAAGUCAAAGUUUCAAAAUAGUAGUUCUGAUCAGGAUAGGAUUGGAUGUAUUAGAAAUCCGAGGGUGCGAGGGAGGAACCACAUCGUGAAUUCUGCACAAGUCACAGAGGAGACAAAUAUUACCAACCUGAAUGAAAACGAUACUGAAAAUCUGCAGUUAAAAAAUACUGGUACUUUUGAAGGAUUUGAUAAAAAUACAGAUACCAAAGAGAGUAAUGUUCUAGCAGUGAUGAAGUUAAAAUUCACAGAUGAAGACUGCAGUGUAUGUGAAAUUGGAUCCAAAAACACCAGCACCUUCAAAGCUAGUGAUAAUUAUGAUGAGCAAAAAAAAAGUGUUCAUAGCAAAGAAAUGAAUAUGAAUUCUGAUCAACCCCUUCAUCACAAUUUGAAGAUGACAGAUACAUACUAUGCAAAUAUCCAGUAUUGUUGUGUAUUGUGUGGCAUGGCCUACAGGAGAAUCAGCAGUGUUAUUUGUCAUAUUGAGUCAAGCCAUAAAGAGAGGGAUAAGCAUGUUAGUCUCUGUUACAGAAUGGAAACCAUGCAUGGUGGUGGCACAGUUGAUUUGACUGGAUCCCAAACAAACAAAAUUCAAUCUUGUAACACAAACAAGAUGAAUGAGUCAGAAACAGCUGUACAAAAUCUGUUGGAGAGCUUUCAAGAAGAUGUCUCGUACAACACGAGUGAGAUUUUGACCAAGGGAUCUGUUACCAUGUACUCUGAAACACAAGGAGCAUCAGUACUGGACGAAGCUAUCCUAUAUCCUUCUGAAAUGAAGGAACUUCAGAAACAGGCUCAAGAUAUUAUUGUGAGUUCCUCUAAAAAUGUGCAAUCUCAAAUGCAGGAUGAUGAUAUUGUUUGUUCCACUGAAACACAAACAGGAAGCACAGGAUAUCCUUGUCAUAGAAUGACAGAGACUUGGAACGUAGGACAGAUUCCUGGAGAUCAGGACAAAGGACAGAGUCACGAAGAUCAGAGAAUAGACCACCAUCAUCAGCAAGACCACAAACUGUCAGAAACAACAUCAGAAGAUCCAACAGAGGAGCAUCAGAGAAAUCGGGAGAAGAAAUCUGAAGGACUGGAGAGUUGUGAGAAUAUACAAGCUGAAGGACUGGAGAGUUGUGAGAAUAUACAAGCUGAAGGACUUGAGAGCUGUGAGGAUAAAAAGCCUGAAAGACUGGAGAGUUGUGAGGAUAUACAACCUGAAGGACUGGAGAGUUGUGAGAAUAUACAAGCUGAAGGACUGGAGAGUUGUGAGAAUAUACAACCUGAAAGACUGGAGAGUUGUGAGGAUAAAAAGCCUGAAAGACUGGAGAGUUGUGAGGAUAUAGAACCUGAAGGACUGGAGAGUUGUGAGGAUAUAGAACCUGAAAGACUGGAGAGUUGUGAGGAUAUACAACCUGAAAGACUGGAGAGUUGUGAGGAUAAAAAGCCUGAAAGACUGGAGAGUUGUGAGGAUAUACAACCUGAAAGACUGGAGAGUUGUGAGGAUAAAAAGCCUGAAAGACUGGAGAGUUGUGAGGAUAUAGAACCUGAAGGACUGGAGAGUUGUGAGGAUAUAGAACCUGAAAGACUGGAGAGUUGUGAGGAUAAAAAUCCUGAACUGCAAGAGAGUGAACUCCAAAAAGCUGCAUGUAUUUUUGAUGAGAAAGAUUCCACAAAAAAAUUAGUACUGGAAACAAAUCAGGAUAUGGUUUUUAUGUCUGAAACAAAUUCUCCUGAAAUGGUAGAGCCAAAUCUUACAUUCCAGGAAGAAAUUCAAAACUACAGUCAUAUAGAAAAUGAUGUACACCAAGAUCAUCAUCCUUCAAAAUUCCAUGCCUGGUGUAAAAGUGAUGAUGAAAUUUGUGAGAAGAUUAUCAAUCAGACUGGAAUUGUUAUUCAUCAGAACUGUGUGGUUAGGUUAAGUACUCUGCCUCCUGGUGAACUGACAGUAGGAAAUCUAGUUUUGAAGCCUGAGAAUUCAGGGAAAACUAUUAUCUGGAAAAUAAGCACUGUCAGUGGCAUCACAGAGCCAAGUCCUGUGACAGAUCAUGUGAUCAAUCAUAAGGAGGUGGCUGUAAGACCUCUUGAUCAUCCUAAGGAAGGCUGCAAACAAGGUAAAAGUAUCAUAAAGUGUCCUGCUAAAUCUGAUGAAGGAACAUCAAAGCACAGAUUUUAUUGUGAGUUAUGUGGAUUAUCAUAUGCAAAUAAAAAGGGUGUGAAGAGACACAAAAUUAACAAGCAUUCAGGUACAGAAAUAAAAUCUGAUGAAAAUUAUAAAAUGAGAUAUGAUGAAGGGAAUUCCAACACUGCAGACAUAGCAAAGUCAAAUUUUACUCAAAUACAGACCAUCACCGAGACAAUAAGCAGAAAGUCAAACAACAAUUCAGGGGAAGAUACAGAUACCUCUACUGUUGUAUCUGAAGGACAAGCAGAUAGGAGGAAAUUUAAAGUAGUCAGAACUGAUGAAUCGAGUGAUCAAGAAAGUGCAAAACAAGGUCAACCAGUCCUUCAAUCAAAUCAUCAGUUCGAUAUUCAUCUAGACAAAUCAGAAAAGAUCGCAUGUACACAGCUGGACAAAUCAGACAACUUAGCAGGUACACAGCAGGACAAAUCGGAUAAUGCAGCAGGUACACAGCUAGACGAACUGGAUAGCCUGCAGGCUGUUCAACAAGACAAAUUAGGUGGCUUACCAGAUAUCCUGCAAAACAAACUAGAUGGCAAAGCAGAAGCACAGCAAAAGAAAUUUAACAACCAGUCUGACAUAGCCCAAGACAAAUUAGAUAACUGGCCAGAUGUGUUGAAAGAUGAAAUAGGGGCAAAAUCAGUGUGUGAAACAAAUGCAGCGAACUCGCCAUCAGUUUCAAAAGCAUCAUUAGAUUUUCAUCAAGGCAGCGAAAACAGACAAAAAGGAGCUAAACACAAGAAAGAAAGGAAGAAAACUAAAAACAAAUUGAUGAAAAGAAAAGUAUCAUCAGAAAGUACUUUGUCCAAUUCGGCCAUCACCGCAUUUGAAAUGGCCAUUUCUACACCAGCACAUUCUCAGCGUAAGUUAAAAAAGAGGAAACUGGAGCCGCAAAAUUCCUCUGAAGAGCCAUUGUCCAAAUGCCCGAGUUCAGUCCAGUCAAAAAGUUGGUUAGAUAAAACAGCUCAGGAGGAAGAACAAUGCCCUAGUCAUGUGGAAGAGUCUGUUGAUACAGAAGAGGUCAAUAAUGGACUUUCAAAUGCAUUGCAAAUAAACGACAAGGAAAUGCAAAGUGGCUCAGAAUCAACAUCCCCAAGAAAAACGGAAAGCCCAAAGAAAUCCAAUAGAAAAAGUAUAGAUAAGAUAGUUCAGGGUAUUAUACAACGUCAGAAGGAUAAGGAAAGCAAGAAUAAUCUUAAAGCGUUGAAGCCACCAGAAGUAGACUUCCCUGCUCCGUUUGAGGAGAUUCUAGCCCAGAGCAAAGUGAAGGCAGUAAAAUCUCCGGAAGUGAAUGAAUCAAAAACACUCUUUAAUGAGAGUUCAGAUUUGUCAGGAGUGUCUCUAAAGAAUGUAAAGUCAUCGACAAAAGCUGUUGAUAUAUUUUCUUCACUGCGAAUGGGUCCAGCUGUUAAGUUUGGAAAAAGUUUCCGCAAAGUUUCAUCUCCGAUAGCUUCAUCAACUGUCGAAGAACCUCAAGAAAAGUACAGAUCACCCCUAGACAGAGUUAGAGCAGAAAUGCCUAUGAAAUUUGGAGCAACACAGGAAAAAAAGAAGGUUGGAGAAGUCAGUUCUAGAUCCACGAAACAAAGCAACAAAAGCUAUUUGAUAGAUAUACUGAAGGACAUUCCAUCUAUAUAUGAUUGCAGUAAUGAAGGAGGGUCCUAUAUUUCCCCUUGGGACAACCCCUCCAUGACUUCUCAAGAAAAAUCUACUAAAAUUUCAGUUUUUUCCAAAGCUGAACACUUUAGCUCAGAGGUGAGUAAUGAAGCAGGUGUUAAGUCCAAUAAAAGUGCUGUCAUGGAUACGACUGUUGAAAUGUCUAAUAAGCAGGGAACCACUUUGGAGAUUUCAAAUGAGGGUGGAAGCAUUGAUAUUUAUGAUAAUUCUGAAAUGCAUGUAGACACAGAGGAACAGAUGUUGAUGUCAGUGGAAAAACAAGACUGUGUUCCUGUGACAACUGAUGAACAUGUAGAGGAAAUGCAUCAUUCCUGGACAUUGUCUGAAGAUGAGAAGAUGGCUGAUGAUGAUGACAAUUUUUGUGAGGAUGAAAUUGAAGAGAAUUCUGAUUAUGAAUGUGAAGAAAAGAAUGAUAGAUUAGAUGAAUGUGAAGAAAAGAGUGAUCGAUUAAACAAUGAAAGACUAGAUGAUGUUGAUUCUGAAGAUGAACCAAACAUUGAAGAGGAGGAAGAGAUGAACAAAUCUGAUGAUGAGUUUAGAAAUGAUGACAGAUCAGUUGAAGACACAGAGAAUGAUAUUCAAAACAGUGGAGAUGAGAAAGACAAAAAUGCUUAUGAUUCUGACAAUGAAAAGGAGGAAGAAGAAUUUGAUUUCUUGCCUCCUCUGAAACCACCCAUGAAAACUCCUGAGAAGAGUGGAAGUGAUGAAGAACGAGAUAUUCUCUCUAUAGACUAUGACUCAGAUGAAGCCAGUUUCCUUGAUGAUGUUGGAUCUGUUGUCAGUAAAAAAUCUUUUUCAAAGAGGAGGUCUUUGGUUGCUGUUGAGUCCGAAUUAGAGGUUGUUGAGAAUUCACCUGUAGAUGUGUCGGCAAUGGAUCUCCCAAAUGAAUCAUCAGUUACCACAUCCAUUAAACAGUGCAGUAUACCAUCUGUGUUAACUCCAGCUGUGGUUUCAAGAGCUGCCAAAAUAUUUUUAACAGGAGGUGGUUACUGUUAUGUAUACCUGCUGUACGGUUCCUGUCGACGUAUGAAUGUGUGCCGAUACCAACACACUGUACCACCUCUGGAGUGGUUUUACUGGCGAGGCCAAGCAACUAUACUGGAUUCUCGAGAGAAACCAAACAAAGAAAGAGCUUUUGAAGUAUACCAACUGCUGAAGACACUGAAUGUGAAGCCAUUAACACGUGAAGCUGUAGAAGUCCUACUUAAGCUGGCAGUGAAUGCCUGGGACACUGAUGCAGCUUUCCAGCUAUUCAGAGACCUGAAAUCUACUGACCUUAUCAAUGACAUGACUUCAGUGAUGUUGGUGCGUUUGUGUAGCAUUUCACCUCAGAAUUAUACAGACCAGUUGUGGGCGCUGUUCCAAGAAAUACUGGAGAAAAAUCUGAAGCUCACUGGGGAUUGUAUCGAUACAAUUGUACAAGCAUUCAGCAUGAGACGAGAAUACACCAAACUCCUGGAAGUGUUGUGCUAUUCUAACAAGGUUCCUGACUAUUUGGUACCCAUGCACAUAUUGCAUGUUCUUUUGUUCACCUGCCUCAAGUCUCCCAAGGAGUACUUACCUGCCAUUUCUAGAUGGGCUGAGACUUGUAACCACAUGCUGCUGCGUCAACUGGACCCUAAAAUCCUUACAGAGCUUUAUGGUGUGUGUGUGAAACAUAAGUACAGGGUUCUUCACUCCCUGCUGGAGCAACUUACUGCCACUCUUCUACCUGAAAACCAGGGAGAGCCCCAAGAAACUACUGAUAUACUGACAGAACAAGAUUGGAAUGGAGACAAUGUAGGAGAGGGUGUGACCACUAGUUCUGAUGAAUACAAAGGACGACAACACAGAAUACGGAAUAUGAAGAUGCAGAAGAAGAUGGCAGACAAUAUGGAUGUGCUGGACGAGCCAUCGCUGGCACGUAUUGGCGCCGGUCUGCUGAGUUGGUGUUACCAGGAGGGACUUUGGGAACAGGGAUAUCAUCUACUGUUUGUGAUGCACCAGGCCAGUGUCUACUAUCACAAGUGUACUGGUAAUGGAGCGAUGGGGACUGCCCUCAUCGCCAUGGAGAUCUGUCUCAACACCAACAAUCCUGACAGUGCUCUUAGGAUUCUAGAACGCUGCAAAGGACAGAUUAUGACAAGUGAAAAUGCAGCCAAUGUCACAAGAAUAUUGAAGAUCUUAUUUGAGAAAUUAUUGGAAAAGUCAUUUACAAAGAUGGCCUUCCACGUGCUUGUCAUAGUCAUGGAAAAACGAGAACAAGAUCAGACUCACACAGAUUUAUCUGGAUAUUUUAACAGGAUUGUCAGGAAAUCGCUGGCCAUCAGUGAUAUACACACUGCUUUGGGAGUGUACAAAAUACAAAAGGACACAGACAGUGGUAAAUUAAAUGGGCUUUGCUUGCGAGGACUUCUCACUGCCUGUGGCAAACACAUGUUUGACAGCAAAUAUAUAAAGGAAGUGUAUGAGUCGUGUGUGACGCUGUACCGUCCACAAACUUUUGACAUGCCGAGAUCUAUCUUGCUGUCAUGUAUGAUGACGCGUGUAGAAAUGUAUCUUUGUAUCAGUGACUAUCUGAAUGUCCUCUACAACAUUAUUUGUGACUCUGUAAUGGAGGGCGAGCAUCUGACAAUGGAUAGCUUCUGUCUGAAAGUGUAUGUCUGGUGGGAGGAGAACCCACUACAACAAAUGGACUUUCCUUACUUAACUCUGGCACCACGCUCACGACAAGACGUAUGGCAGAUGGCAGUCCAUGUUCUUCAAAAAAACAUUCACCCUCCUUUGCAUGGUGAAUACAACCCGGCCAGUAACUGUAUCUUCAUCAACCCGGAAUCUCUUUACAGUUAUAUGCAGGUGAAAGAUGGAAACGGCAGGAAGCAGGGCCUAAAUAUACUGACUAACUCUGGAGGAGCUGUCCCAGUGAGAGGUCGAGCUUGGGCACGUCAAACAAACUUCUCCAGUCGUGGGCGGGGCCAACCAUACAGGUGAUGUUCAAGCCAUGGAGGUAGCUCUAUAUGAUGUGAUUGGUGCUCUGCAGAAUAUAUGUUUGAAUCCAGGACACAGCCUUAAGACUGAUAUUCAUUUCCGAGUCAAGAUGAUGUGUCUUCUUGAGGGUUGUUCAGGUCUGAUGCAUUUUGUUCCUUUUGGAGAAAUAGAGACUCAAAAUUUGGAUUAUAAGUUUUCAUCAUUCUUGACAGAGUUGUCAUGCAGUCCUUUGCAAGAUACAUGGUUUGAGGAUUGGAAAGCUAUUGUUCAAGAACAACUGUGUAGAUAAAUCCUUAAAGUUUGUCAGGAAAGCUGUAGAGGUAACGAUUCAACCCUGAAUAAGGAGCAAGUGUAAUCAUACUUCUGAUAUUGCCCAUUUUACACUGGAGCACAAAACUGGAAAUGCACUAUCGAAAAGUUAAUGGAAUUCCUCUCUGUUAAAAUAGAAUACUUACUGAUAGACAACAAAAACACACCUGAAUAAGGAGCAGGUGUAAUCAUACUUCUGGUAUUGCCCAUUUUACACUGGAGCACAAAACUGGAAAUGCACUAUCGAAAAGUUGAUGGAAUUCCUCUCUGUUAAAAUAGAAUACUUACUGAUAGACAACAUAAACACACCUACAGGAAGUUUUGUGCUGUGCAGGAAAUAUUAAUUUCCAGGGUUUUAUGGUCUAAUUUAAAGCAGGGAUUUUUAGUGAUAGACACAAUUACUUGUAAUAUAUAAUCAAGUGAAAUUAAAGUUUACCUUAAAUGUAUGAACUCUAGUCAUUAUGUAAAAUUUAAUUUUAAGGUUUUUGCUGUUCCAAUAAAAUGUCUACUUGACCCGAGGACUGCCAAAUUCAUGACUUCUUACCCAUGAUUGGGUUUCCUGCCUAUAUUGUUAGUAAGUAAAAUAUCAUUUAAAGAAGUAGUGCAAUAUGGUUACAAAACGGAAAUAAAAUUACAGAAAUACCUUACAAAAUAACGGAAAACAAAGAAAUUUUUUUUCCGACAUAUCGUUUUAGAGUAAUUGGUGUAAAUGUAAUGCCUGUACGAAAACAUACCUUUAAAAAACUCUAUUGGUUAAAUCCCUAAAGAAAACUUGAAGUCUUGAGGAUGGAAUUGAUGUUUUACAUACUCCAAAAAUCAAAGUAAAUUAUAAUUUAUGUUAAAUUAAUGUAUUUGAAAGGAUCAGGCUUUUUUCAUCUGAAGGUAUGUUAUGGCGUCUGUAGCCCUUCAGUCAACUGGUUCUGUUUGAAAGAUUUCUAGUCAAGUGGAGAAUAAAAGAUCAAGUUUGAUCUCAAGUAUAGUAGGGUAGAGCCUUUGGGGACUUUACCAAGUACCUUUUGUAUAACAACUAGAAAUGGGAAAUAGAGGAAAAACCUUUCCAUUCUGAUAAAAAAAAAAUUCUUGCCCUCCUAACUACCCUCCCCUUCCCCAACUCUCGCCCCCACAUUUCGUUGGUUGUAUGUAAAAUAACUGCAACAGUAUAAUUUACUCUCAAAAGUUGAAUUAAGUGAUGGAAUACACAGCUUUUGGAAAUAUUCAUUUGUAUGUAAGGAUUGCCUUUGAGAGCAUUUAUAUUGGCCAGUAUCAUUAGCAGUGUCAUGUCUGUAACAGGAUAGUGCACUUCAUCAUACCAACUUAAAUGUUUCAUACAGUGAUGCUAAGAAAGUUUUAAGAAGCAUUUUAUAAAAUCACAGCAUUUAUAAAAGACUCUUAACGAGACCAUUGUACAAACAAACAGUUAGUCAUUACUUUUCAUCAUUUAGCUGGUCAUCGUAGUUUAUUUACAUGUAUAGAAAUAUAUUAUUUGUUUUCAUUCAUGUACUUGCAUUAAAAAUAACUUAUCAAUGGAGCUUCAGUGUAUAAAUUGUGACAUUGAAAUUUUAUGGGUUUUUUUUUUCUUAUUUUGGUUUCCUUUUGAGUUGAAGAGAAAGAUGAUGUUUUAACUUCCCAAAACUGAAGAAACAGUCAAAAAGGUUAGUUAUGGUAAGAAAUAAAAUUGUAGAAUUUAUUUCCGUAUUUGUGAAAAACAUCUGUUUCUUGGGAACUGACUUUAAUUUGAAUUCCAACAAAAAUUUUUUACUUGUUCUUUAAAGGAAACAAGUACAUAUUAAAAAAAAAUCAUAUUUGCCAUUUGUCCUUUCGAUAAAAAAAAACUGGAAUAUUUUUUCUUUUGAUAUUUUUUGUAGUUGACUGUCCCUGCAAAUGUCCUAUAUAUUACUAUGUAUCAUCUCAUUUAAUUGGAAAUUAAAGUAUUCAAAUGAUGAUAGACAUUGUUUGACUCGUUCAAGUUUUGCACUUUAUAAAAGGUAUUUACUGUAAUUGUUCAGUGGUACACCCACCUGAACCUGACUUUGAGUGAGAUUUUGUAUUUUACCCACUGAGUUAAAUGGAGGAUAAAUAUUGUAAUUAAAUUUAACAUGCAUACAAAAUGUUUCCAUCUGUUUUAAUUUUGUUUUAAUAUUACAAAUUUUGAUUGUUCACUGGCGUCACCUGUUAUCCAAAACUUAAUAUGGAUGAGUGUUGGAUGACUUUUGUGGGAAGUCAAGCUAAGAAGAACAAGUCAAAUUUCAUUUGAUAUUUCACACUGCAUUUAAUUUUCAACAUAUUGAUAUUAUAAAAACUAUAUUUUAGAUGUAUAAAACCCAUUUUACCUAAACCUACGUCUAAUAGGGGAACAAUAAAAUAAAUAAAUUGUAAACAUUUCAUUUACAAUAGCCUAUGCCCUCAGCUUGAUCUGCACAUACAAAUCUAUACAAAAUAACAACUUUUACAAAUUUACUUGUAUCUAUAGGCCAAAGUUACAAAACUGUCAAGCAGAGAACUGAUGCUUGGUGGCAUAUAGGCCACCUUUUGAGUAAUUAGAGUUAUUCCCCCGUCUACUUUCAAUUUUAAUUUUGAAUACCUUAUAUGUUUUUGGUAAUAUCACAUACUAGGGUAUGUUUUUUUCUUUUUUUUUUUAAAAUUAAUUUUGUCAGUUUCUUGACAUCGUUGAAACUUUCAUUUCAAUUUACAAUGUUACAUUGAAUGAUUUUCACCUUAGGUUGUAAUUUGUAAAUUCAGAAAUUUUGAAGUGUUGUCCAGCUGUUAAAUUAAUAAUCCAUGUUGUACUAGACUCUUUGAUAUGAUUUAAAUGGAAAGUAGAAGAGAAAUUACAAUGCAAGUAAUGGAAGUUUUACUAUAUAAGGAAUAUUAAUUCAGAUAACUGACCAAGCUGAGCAGAAUGUAUUAGUUAUUCAUAGACAUUUAAUUGAAUUAGUCAUGCUUCAAAUGGUUAUUGUAACUUGUGCUCAUUUAGUACUUUAUGCUAUGGUAAAAUACAGUGUUGUAUUUGAUUGAAAUAAACCAUUGAUUUGUACAA